ACCAAACCAAAGCCGUAGCAUAAAACCCCGCGCAAUCUCCACCACGCGCUUUUCUUUUUCUUGUCUCUCACUUCCAUUCCAAGAAAACCUCUUUACAAUAAUUAAAAGCUGUUUCUCUUCUCACCAACUCACCAAACUCGGGCAAACUCAGUCGUCCUCAAUUCUCGUUGACAGACAGCCAACCCUUCUUCAUCUGCUGCUUCUUUUUUUGGUCUCUCAAGACGUGAGAUCUACUUCUUCCGCUUCAACUCAUUCCGCGUCAACCCAGUCAACUUUCUCUUUUUCACUCACAUUGUAAAUAUUCGUUGUUUCCCCCCCUUUUCUUCCUCAAAAUUUCCGUCUCAUAUUUCAACUCAUUCGACUAAGGACUCACUGCUAUUUGUGUAAGUAGUUUCUUUAAGGAGUCGAGAUCCGUUAGCUUGUGGUCUUCCAACUCUGUUCCGAUCUCACGUUUCAACCUAUUCCAAGAUCGGUUGAAAUCGCGAUCCAUGAACUCGGUUUUUAGACUCAGUCCGAGUUCUGGUUAGAUUGAGGAUCGAGUGAAGUUGUGGUUGACUCUAUGUAGAGUUAUCCCUUCAGAAUUAGGGUUUUCGGAAGAUUUUUUUUCAAAGUAUGGCAGCUGUGCGAAGGUGGAGUGAGGGCAUGUCCUCAGAUAAUGUUAAGGGUUUGGUUUUAGCACUUUCUUCCAGUUUAUUUAUUGGAGCAAGUUUCAUUGUUAAGAAAAAAGGCUUGAAGAAAGCUGGUGCUUCUGGCAUCAGGGCAGGCAGUGGAGGUUAUUCUUACUUGUUGGAGCCACUUUGGUGGGUGGGCAUGAUAACAAUGGUUGUUGGGGAAAUUGCUAAUUUUGCAGCUUAUGCGUUUGCACCUGCUAUACUGGUUACUCCUCUUGGUGCCCUCAGUAUAAUUAUCAGUGCGGCCCUAGCACAUAUAAUUUUACGGGAAAAAUUACAUACUUUUGGGAUUCUUGGUUGUGUUUUAUGUGUCGUGGGAUCUACAGCAAUCGUUUUGCAUGCUCCCCCAGAACGUCAGAUUGAAUCUGUAACGGAAGUUUGGGAUCUUGCUACAGAACCAGGGUUCCUCUUUUACGCAUUAUUGGUCUUAACAGCUGUCUUUAUACUUAUAUUCCACUUUGUUCCACAAUAUGGACAGUCACACAUUAUGGUUUACAUUGGAGUUUGCUCUCUUGUGGGUUCCAUUUCGGUCAUGAGUGUUAAAGCACUUGGCAUAGCCUUGAAGUUAACUUUUUCAGGAAUGAAUCAGCUUGUAUAUCCACAAACAUGGGCCUUUACUUUAGUUGUGGUUACUUGUGUGGUUACUCAAAUGAAUUAUUUAAACAAGGCACUUGAUACUUUCAACACAGCUGUUGUUUCUCCCAUAUACUAUGUUAUGUUCACGACACUGACCAUUUUGGCGAGUGUAAUCAUGUUUAAGGAUUGGGACAGGCAAAACCCUACGCAGAUUAUAACAGAGAUGUGUGGAUUUGUGACUAUCCUUUCAGGAACUUUUCUUCUUCACAAAACCAAGGAUAUGGUUGAUGGUGCAAGUUUGACAUCUAUGUCAAUGCGACAAUUAAAGCACGAAGAAGAGGAUGGCUUUGACGAAAGCAUCCCUCUUAAGCGGCAGGAUUCUUUGAGAAUAAUACCUUGAUUGAAACAAAAAUUUAGGUCAUCCUACAAAUCUCAGUAGAGCUUAUGGGGAGAAGCCUUAUUGAUGUCAACGUGUAUUUUACGAACAAACUUAUUUGAUCACACUCAUAUUUUGGAGGGAGUUAUCCGAGGUGAGAUUAUCUAUGGCUCUUUUUCCCUUUAGCUUCAAGAUACAGACUAUAGACUUCAGCUUUUGCCUUGUAUAAACUAUCCAUAGUUCAUACAGGAAAAAUAUAUAGCCCAAUGUAUCUUUUGCCUUGUAUAAACUAUAUCCAUAGUUCUCUCAACAUGUGAAGUGUGAAAAAGAGAAAAAAACAAAGAGGAAUCAAAUACAUGCAUAUCUUUUGCAA